UUAGAUUCACACACAGCACGGUCAGCAGUGAAUCCUUUUCAUUCCUACUAGGACAGAGCAGUGAUGGAGAAGCUGUUGUUUCUGUUAGCUUUGCUGGCCUGUGGGUCAGGCGAACCUCAAGAUCUGACGGGGAAGAUGUUCACCUUUCCAGGGGAGUCCAACGUGAACUAUGUGAAGCUUAUUCCUAAGAAAUGGGAGUCUUUUUCUGAAGUCACGGUCUGCCUUGACUACGCCACUGACUUGCAGCGUGGUUAUUCUCUCUUCUCCGUGAACACACCAGGCCAAGACAAUGCUCUCCUUUUAUAUAAACUCAGGCCUGGGCAAUAUCGAAUGCAUGUCAACGCCAAACAGGAUGAUUUGUACGACGUGCCGGAGGAGACAGAGUUUCCACAUUGGACUCAUGUCUGUGUAACCUGGGAGUCCAGCAGCGGGCUGUUUCAGCUGUGGGUCAAUGGGAAGGGAAGCAUAAGGAAAGGGAUAAACAGAUCAGGCCUGAUCCAGAAAGAACCAUUUAUUGUGCUGGGUCAAGAGCAGGACAGCUAUGGUGGUACAUUUGACAAACAGCAGUCGUUUGUUGGCCAGAUAUCCAAUGUCCACAUGUGGAAUCAAGUCCUGUCUCCUUGUGAAAUACAGAAUGUUCAUUUAGGCAAAGUGUUUGAUCCAGGGAAUAUCUUGAGCUGGAAGUCAAUGAGCUUUGAGAGCAAAGGGUAUGUGAUACUGGAGGAAAUAAUAGGCAACGACAAGUGUCGCACUUCAUCCUUGGACCCAACAAGAUGGUAAAAAAAGAAUAUUUUUGGUUUAAAUCUUCAUUUGUUUCUAUACAGUAGAUUAUAAUUUGUGCUAUUUGCUUAAAGGUGCAAUUAGACAAGACGCCCGCUCCUUUCCAGCCAAUGUUUUCUAAAAAAUAUGUAAAAAUAUAUGUAAAAAUAAAAAGAAAAUCCUUCAUAUGACAAA